UGGCCUCCAUUCCGAACAUUUAUUAUAACCAACAAUUGUCAAGCAAGCCUUGUAAGAAUCUAUGGACUUUUCAAGCCUACAGUGCGACGUCUGUCACAAUGUAGGAAAUUUUGUGUUGAAUGAACAGUCUCAACUUAUAUGUAACGUUUGUCACAGUCUCAUGACUGUCUAUCAAGAAGAACUUACAGAUUUUAUGCCCGGUGUUGCUAUGAAAGGUUGGAGAGCCUCUUCUCAAAAUGCCUUUGAACCUGUAGACAAAACUGCAAAAGAACCUGCGCAAGCUCCGAAACUCAAAAGAUUCAAGCUUUCUGAUGCUGGUGAAGUAUCCUUAGCAGUUCAACUCCUUACCAACAUUUUGGCACUCCAGGUUGCAUCAGUUCGCCCCUAUUUGAGAAACAGUAACGGAGUUUGUUCAACCACUAAAAAGAUUUUCUUAUGCUGCUUAUCUGAUGAAGAGUGGAUUAAGAAACACUUUCUACGAUAUGGUUUUCGAAUGGAAAUUACUUUGGCUAUAUUGUCGUUAUCGAGCCUUUACCAUCGCGAAUUCCUGUUGCCUUGCCAUAUUGCAGAAAAGGCAACUCUUGGCGAAAUUCCGUAUAUCAAUAUUUUGUCCAAGCUCACAGUGCCAUAUAAGCGGGCAAAUUCUUUGAAAAAGAUCUUUGAGACACAUACAUUUCCUUCAGCUUCUAUCAUUCAAAGAGAAGCACGCGCCCUUUUGUCAGAUGCAGAACAUUGUUGGCCACCGUUGCGUAGUUCUAUCGGAAAUUUUCUCUCGUCUGUUUCUGGUUAUCAUGACUUUCCAUGUUGCUGUACUACAGAGCUUGCCAAGAGUAUGAUCAAGUAUUUUCAACUACCAGAUCACUUUUUGGAUUGGAUAUUUCCGUUUUCGACUUGUCGAAGAAUUUCACAAGAAAAGGGUUUGGAACCUUGUGGUGAAAUAGAUGUCCUUUGUGAUUUGCUCAAUUUAUUGAAACUGUCACUUAUUUAUCAGUUUAAUUUCAGAAGGGAGAAAGUGCCUGAAGACUAUUAUUUAGCUUCUCUGGAAUCUUCUAUCUCUAUCUAUGAACUUUUGAGAAAUCUAACUCGGUUGAAAGAGAACAAGACGCUGUAUUAUCGAAUAUUUCACAGCGAUUGGAAUGGUAUAAGUGAUGAGGACAUUCAUAAGCUUUCUCAGUUGUAUGAAAACGUAAUUAUGGGAACUGAGCGUGUGCCAGAUGCAUAUCUACCAGUUUUUGUAGCACUAAAGGAGCUCGUUAAUCAGUCUUCUUAUAUAUCUGAUAGCUGUACUCCUGUUGAAUUCAACAUAAGUGAAGAGGAGUUGGAUAAGCAACUUGAAGCAGAUCCUUCGAAGAUUAUGUUUGUGAUUUUUUUGGAAUUUGCCGACUUGGGUUUGCGUUUUUUGGGUCGUGAAGACACAGAGAGAUUGAGAAAGUAUGUGAUUCAAGUCGCGGACACUCAAUUACAUGGAAUACUUGUUAUGAUGGGUUUGGUUAAAGAAGAACGCAACAAAAAUGCUAUGGAAACUCUAUCGGUCUGAAGUUGAAAUUCUGUUGUACAUAUAUAUAUUAUGAUUACUUCAAAGUUCUUCCAACUACAUCGAACCAUAUCAAGUUGUUCAUAGUCGUCGUUGCCUGAAGAGAACGAUCCACAAAUCAUAGCAGCAUGGUGCAUUUCAUAUCUCAUUACCAAUU